CGCUCCUUUCCCCCACAUCCCCACAUCCACAUCUAUAUCCGUAAAUCCGCAUAUCCGCAUAUUCACGUCCACAUCCACAUCAUCUCCCUUGUCAUUGUUACUUCAUAAGAAGUAGACUCUCAACACUAUUCUUCUAUUCAGCCCGUCGGUAUUGAACAAACUCCACCUUCAUCCCUCUACAUCCCCGUCUAUCUCAACACUUCAAUAAAUAGACUGGUGCUCACCACCGGAUCCUUACACUCACAUAUAUUUCCGACGAGAGCAAAACCUCACGAAUCAGAUCGUCUUUGUUCAUUCUUUCCUUAACCAUCCCUCUCCUUUCAUUCCUCUACUCUUUCAAGUCCAAAACAUCCAGCAUAACAAGUAGAGUGAGCACAACUCCAUUUCAGUCACUCAAGACACGAUGGUCGACGCAUCCUCUGCCUCAGGGGGAUCCUCAGGAUUACAAUCGACCAGAUCACUUCUUUCGGCGGGUAACAACUCUGUGACACCAACCAAUCUUUCACACCACACCAGUGACAACAGCACCAACAACAGCAACCUGCUCGAUGCACUGUCUGCAAAUCCUGGAGUCGUUGGGUUGAGCUCCCAACAGAACCCGUCUUCGUCAAUCGCGCAUCUGUUUGCAUUCACGCCCCAUGAUUAUCAGCUCGUUCAGGACUGGGCAUGGAAGAAUAGAACCGUGUUGGCAGCGUCGAGUGCUGCAGUGUGCAGCGUGCUUUCUGGAUUUCCUUUCGACUCUGUCAAGACCAGGAUGCAGACUCAUUCCUAUAACUCGAUCAUGGACUGCGUCCGGAAAACGUAUGCAGAGGAAGGCAUGGGAGGGUUCUUUCGAGGCAUGAUCCCGCCACUGAUCACAGUCUCGAUCAUUAAAUCAAUCUCGUUCUCGGUCUACGAGGGCUCAAAACGGAACAUCCGGACCCAGUUUCCAGAAACACUGCAGGGCAACACGAUUCCGUCCUUAAUCGGACUGACAUUCAUCUCCGGAAGCAUCGCAGGCACGGUCGUGGCGAUGAUGUCGAGUCCAUUGGAGCUUGUGAAACUGCAGCGGCAACUCGAAAAACUUAUGGCGAUGGAUGCGCGACGACGCCACGCAGCCUCGGUCUCUGCCGCCGCGGCCGCCGAGAUGACGCUCUCCCUGACGGGGGACACGCUUCUGAGAAAAGGAUUGGCGGUGGAGAAAAAGAAUCCAGCGGCAGAGGCUGCAGCGAUGAUAAAGGCUGAGAGACAGACACAUGGAUCGGUAACGCAGUAUGGACUAUCGACGGCGAAUAAAAAGGUCAACGUGAUUGAGGAGGCGGGGGCGUCGAGCUGGAAGACCGCAAAGACGAUCGUGAAGCAAAAGGGAUGGACGGGGUUAUAUAAGGGCGUGGGCCUGCAUAUUUCGAGGGAUAUGAUGGGCACGGGUAUUUAUUUCUCGAGCUAUGAGACGAUUAAGCGAUUGAUGUCUGAAACGAUAGAGCAUAUACGGCCGCAUCCGCACCAGGCUUUGUCAUCAGUAUCAGCAUCAGCAUCAGCGCUACAGGGUCAACCGCAACUGCAGGCGCAGGCGCAACUCAAGGGGCCAGGACCGAUGGUACAUUUCUUUGCAGGAGGACUCUGCGGCGUCUUCUCGUGGCUGGUCGUGUUCCCGGUCGACUUGGUCAAGAGCGUAGUCCAGAAGGAGGUUCUGAUGCCACAGCCCAAAUAUUCGGGGGCGCUGGAUUGUGCAAAGGAUAUUGUCCGACGACAGGGCGUGCGAGGGUUGUAUCGGGGAUUGAGUGUUACGUGUUACAGGGCGAUGCCGAUCCAUUCCCUCAAUUUUCUGGUGUAUGAGGCGGUGAUGGAUUAUGUGAAGCAGUGGUCGGGCCAUGGGGACGAUGUGUUGCCGGCGGGGGCGCGGUAACGAAAGGAUAGCAGGAAACGAAAUUCUCCUCUCUCUCUCUCUCUCUCUCUCUCUCUCUCUCUCUCUCUCUCUCU